CAGGAGUGGAAUGCUGUAGGAGUGCGCCACCAUGGGAUGCGUUAAAAGUAAAGAAGACAGUAGGAAUAAGUAUGGGCUGGGACAGACUAGCACCACUUCCCCUACCCAUCCAACGCCAUUCUCGGGUCAUCCAGAUCACUCUCGUAUCUCACAUGGGGGGUUUGAUGCCCCUACACCGGGCAUGUUCAUACCACCAGCAGUCAAACCAAAACCAGUAUCACAUCCGUACACAGCCUUAUAUGAUUAUGAUGCACGAUCGGAAGAUGAUCUUGCCUUUAGGAAAGGAGAUAUCCUGGAUGUUACAAAGACUGAGGGAGACUGGUGGCAAGCAAGAUCACAAAGAACGGGAAAGGAAGGAUAUAUUCCUAGUAACUACGUAGCCCCAGUGGACAGCAUGAAACGAGAAGAGUGAGUAUAUAACACACAUAACUACAUGGUAAACCUGAGUAAAGACAACCCUUCUCUCCUGGUACAUGUUGAAAAUAGUAAUUAAGAGGAAUCAGAAAGCGAACAGCAAACAUAUUGAUGUUGGAUUGCAUUUACAGGGGCUGCAAAACUGGGGGGGGGGGGGGGGCUGGGGGUUUCAGUCUUCUCCCCUGCCUAUUAUCUAAAAACAUAAAAUUGGCCAUCUGAUUGUGAUUUUUGCAUUGUCAGCCCCCCCCCCCAAUUUUUGGCUCAACCCCCCACUUUCAACACCAUUCUCAUUCUCACUUCAGUGAUCCUCUAUCAUAUAAUAAUGUACAAAUUGAUUUCUAAGACAGGACAGUCUUGUAAUUUGCGUACAGGGAAAAUGAUCGGGGAGCUAAGUAGGUGGAGGACUCCACAUACUUUUAAAUUUGUUUUAUUUUUAUUUUAUUUUCAUAGAAAGUAUAAAAUUCUGACAAUUAAAAGACUGUAAUUUCAAUUGAGGAAGAAACUUUUUUUUUCAUACAUGUAUGAUAUUAGAAUCAGUCUACAACCCUUAUAUAGUAAAGGGGUCAUUCCACGGGGUUGGGGCAACAGCACUUUUUUGUGUUCCCUAUGAAUUGUUGGCUUUAUCCUGAAAAUGUGUUUGGCGUUUGGAUGUUGCAAUGUGGUUUUGUUGGAAGGCAGUUAUGUAAGCAAUUACUUGAUGCAGAAAUAAAAAUGUUGAACCUCAAGUAUUUUUGAUGGUGAGACUUU